CUGACAUUAAUGAACGAACCAAAGGGCUGGGGAGAAGAAUACAGGAAGUGUGAAGAGAGGCGGAAGGGAACGAGCAUGCACAAUGAAAAUGCUCUUCACAAUGAUCUCAUGCUUAAUGGCAUUUCCUGUUAUUAAGACAACAAAUUCCAGACCUAACUUUGUUCUUCUGAUGGCUGAUGAUCUCGGAAUUGGAGAUAUUGGUUGUUUUGGCAAUGGAACAAUAAGAACUCCCAAUAUUGACAAGCUAGCUCAGGAGGGUGCAAAAUUAACUCAUCACAUAGCAGCUGCACCAAUCUGUACUCCAAGCAGGGCGGCUUUUUUGACGGGGCGAUACCCUUUAAGAUCUGGGAUGGAUUUUUGUGGUCCGUCACGUGCAUUAAUGUGGAAUGCUGCAUCUGGUGGGCUUCCACCCAACGAAACAACAUUUGCAACAAUACUGCAAAAGCAAGGCUAUUCCACUGGGAUCAUAGGGAAAUGGCACCAAGGUGUGAAUUGCGAAACACGUAGUGACCACUGCCACCAUCCCCUAAGCCACGGUUUUAGUUAUUUUUAUGGUAUGCCAUUUACACUAAUCAUGGAAUGCCAGUCACAAGCUAGUACCCCGGCAUACAUACAAAGUUCAUCUCAGCUUAGUUUUUCCUAUUACAUGAUAGCUAUUGCCACCGCUACAUUAAUAGCAGUUAAAUUUAGUUACUUGCGUAACAUUAUAAUAAGAGUAAUGGCAUGUUAUGCAAUAGUUGGCCUCUUAUUUUUGUUUGCGUAUUACAUAAAUUAUGGAUUUAUUAAUUACUGGAACUGCAUACUGAUGAGAAACCAUGAGAUCAUAGAACAACCAAUGAAUGUACAGAGAACCAGUUUUCAGAUGUUGAAGGAAGCCCAUCAGUUCAUUGAAAGAAAUAAGAAUGUUCCUUUUCUGCUUUUUGUUUCUUUUCUGCACGUCCACACCCCACUGGUGACCACCGAUGCAUUUAGUGGAAGAAGCGUGCAUGGAAUAUAUGGGGACAAUAUUGAAGAAAUGGAUUUUAUGGUUGGUUCAAUUGUUGAUGCUGUUGAGAAGGCAGGAUUGAAAAGCAACACAUUGAUUUAUUUUGCUUCUGACCAUGGAGGACAUUUAGAAGCAAAUAAUGGAGAAUUCCAAACUGGAGGGUGGAAUGGAAUUUACAAAGGUGGAAAAGGCAUGGCUGGCUGGGAAGGUGGCAUUCGUGUGCCCGGCAUAUUCCGAUGGCCAGGUGUUAUUCCCUUUGGCACAGUAAUUGAUGAACCAACCAGCCUUAUGGAUAUUUACCCAACAUUAGUUCAACUUAGUGGUGGUAAACUACCAAAAGACAGAAUAAUUGAUGGCUGGAGUUUAGUUCCUUUACUAAAAAAAGAGACAUCCCGCUCAGAGCAUGAGUUUUUGUUUCAUUACUGCGGAAAGCAUUUACAUGCAGUGCGCUGGCACCAAAAGGACAGUGGCAACACUUGGAAGGCUCAUUAUGUAACUCCGGAGUUCUAUCCAGAUGGGGCAGGAGGAUGCUAUGAUAAAGUACUCUGUGCCUGUGAAGGUGAAGGUGUAAUAUACCAUGAUCCCCCAUUGCUAUUUGAACUCUCAACAGACCCUUCAGAAUCAAAUCCCCUGCAGGUUCAUUCCGAUCCCAGAUACAAGACGGCCAUUAACAGAAUAGAAAAGGCAGUGGCAAAACAUAGGAAAACCAUUAGUACUGUACCCCAGCAGCUGUCGCUCUGGAAUGGUAUCUGGAAGCCGUGGUUGCAGCCAUGCUGUGGGACAUUUCCAUUUUGUUGGUGUGAUAAAGAAACCAAUAACAGAACUUCAAUAAUUUGACUUUUCUUUGUUAUGCAGACCAAUAUUCUAAAUCUAAAGUAUAUGGCCACAAGCUUUUUCUGGAGUAUGUGAUGCUCAUACCACCACAAGAGCAUUUUUAUUCCCAUUAACAACUGUGUGCAUAUAAAUAAAAAUGAAGUGUUAUAAGUAA